GUCCCAGAGCUCCCUGUUUCGAUACAGAUUGAGUUGGCUAAAAAGGGUGCCUUUCGCUUCUUCUUUGGUUAGUUUUUGUUUCUGUAUCUUUUGGCUGCUUAUUUAAGACACUAAUGUUAAAGACUCCAAAGCUCACUUCACUUGUGAGCAAAACCCUCCUUAAAUCUCUCUUCAAAGUCCCUUGUUUUGCAGUUUACUCAUCUGGGUUUAUUAGCGAUUCUACUAUUUUUCGAAGCAAUGAAUCGGAAUCUGAUAAUGAAUGGGAAAGAUUGCUCAAACCAUUUGAUAUCAAUGAGCUUAGAAAGUCUCUUAAUAAAAUAACCCCUUAUCAACUAUGUAAAUUACUUGCAUUGCCACUAGAUGUUGAUACGUGUAUGCAGUUAUUCAGUUGGGCUGGUGCCCAGAAGGGCUAUUGUCAUACAUUUGAUGUGUACUAUGUGUUGAUAGAUAAACUUGGUGGGAAUCAGGAGUUUAGGGUUAUAGAUGGUUUGUUAUUGCAAAUGAAAGAAGAGGGUAUUGUUUUUAGAGAGACCCUUUUCAUUUUGAUUUUGAAGUAUUAUGGGAAAGCGGGAUUCCCUGGACAAGCCACUAGGUUGUUAUUGGAUAUGAAGAGUGUUUAUGGUUGUGAACCUAGUUUUAAGUCUUAUAAUGUUGUGUUGGAGAUAUUAGUGGCUGGUAAUUGUCAUAAUGUUGCGCCAAAUGUGUUUUAUGACAUGUUGAGUAAGGGUGCUUCACCGACAGUUUAUACUUUUGGGGUGGUGAUGAAAGCACUUUGUAUGGUUAAUGAAGUGGAUUCUGCAUGCAAGCUACUUAGGGACAUGACUAAACAUGGAUGUGUUCCGAACUCUGUGGUUUACCAGACUUUGAUACACGCACUGUCCAAGAGUAAUAGAGUGAAUGAUGCGUUGGUGCUUUUGGAGGAAAUGUUUCUGAUGGGUUGCAUGCCAGAUGUUCAGACCUUUAAUGAUGUUAUCAAUGGCCUUUGCAGAGGCAAUCGAAUUCUUGAAGCAGCAAAAUGGGUCGAUCGGAUGCUUCGUCGUGGUUUCACCCCUGAUGCUUUAACAUAUGGAUUUUUAAUGCAUGGGUUGUGUAGAACCGGGCGAGUUGAUGAAGCAAGGGCAUUGUUGAACAAAGUACCUUGUCCUAAUGUUGUGAUUUUCAACACUGUGAUUAAUGGGUAUGUGACAAGUGGACGUUUUGACGAAGCCAAGGAUAUUUUGUAUAAUAAAAUGUUAAGCAUUGGCUGUAACCCUGAUGUUUUUACUUUUAACAUAUUGAUUCAUGGACUUUGUAAGCAGAGGCGUUUAGGUUCAGCUCUUGAAUUGGUUAAUGAGAUGGCAGUGAUGGGUUGUGAACCGAAUGUUAUCACAUACACCAUUUUAAUUGAUGGUUUUUGCAAAGAAGGAAAACUAGAGAAAGCUAAUGAUAUCAUGAAUGAGAUGUCAGCUAAGAGGCUUAGUUUGAAUACGGUGGGAUACAAUUGCCUUAUAAGUGCUCUGUGUAAAGCUGGAAAGGUCCAUGUGGCCUUUGAAUUGUUUGGUGAAAUGCCAAGCAGAGGAUGUAAACCUGACAUUUUUACAUUUAAUUCUUUAAUAUCUGGACUGUGCAAGGAUGAUAAGAUAGAAGAUGCUUUGGGAUUGUAUCAGAACAUGUUAUUGGAGGGUGUAAUUGCCAACACAGUAACUUACAACACGUUAAUCCAUGCUUUUCUGAGAAGAGGUGCAAUCCAAGAAGCACUUAAGCUUGCAAAUGAUAUGUUGUUUAGAGGAUGCCCUCUUGAUGAAAUCACUUACAAUGGCCUGAUAAAGGCACUAUGCAAAGCCGGGGCUGUUGAUAAAGGGUUGGCUUUGUUUGAAGAAAUGAUGAGGAAGGGAGUUGUUCCCAGCAAUAUCUCAUGCAAUAUAUUGAUUAAUGGUCUCUGUAGAACUGGGAAAGUAAAUACUGCCCUUGAGUUUCUAAGGGAUAUGAUUCAUCGAGGUUUGACACCUGAUAUAGUCACCUAUAACAGUCUCAUAAAUGGUUUGUGCAAGAUGGAUCGCAUUCGGGACGCUUUAAAUCUCUUUGAUAAAUUACAAGCUGAAAGAAUUUAUCCUGAUGUUAUUACUUAUAAUACUUUAAUCAAUUGGUACUGCAAGGGGGGCCUGUUUAAUGAUGCUUGUUUCUUUCUACAUAAAGGAGUUGAGAAUGGCUUUCUACCUAAUGAUGUUACUUGGUAUAUCUUAGUCUCGAAUUUUUUUAAGGGAAUGGAUAAGGACAGUCGGAACUUCACAUAUGCUGAGGAUUGGUGACAGCAAGGGAACUUUCAGAAAAUGGCUUCUCUCCCUUACACUUCUUCUGAGCUUGUUAAGCUUUGGAAGAGUUGCUCUGCCAGUCUGAUUAUAACUGACCCCUUACUUGUUUUCCUUACCUGAGACAGGUGUGCAUCAAUUAACCUAUGGGUUGGAUUUAUCUUGAAUAUUCUGGAGGUGACAAUCAGUUAGGAGCAUCUUUUGGAUUGGUCAUCAGUCGCCUAGAAUUCAUUGGAUGAGAACACAAGUCUUCUGAAUCUUGCAAGGAGCUGCAGGUCAAGUUUUACAAGCAUGGAAGACACUUAUCUGUUCAAAGCCAUGUUCUUGUCAUGGUUGCAAUUUACCCAAUCUGUAAAGUAAAAAUUUCAAAGGGAGAUGUUCGCAUCAUCGGCAAGUGCAUUGUUGCAGCAUCUACUAGGACGAGCUAGAUGUAGAUCUUCACUGAUAUCAGUCCCAUGUUUCUGUAUUCUGUAACCACUUCAUUGUAGAAGAACAUAAAUUGGCUGGUAGAAGUGGGACAGUGAUAAACAAGUAGAAAUAAUGUGUCCCUUUGUAAAGUAUUGUGCACUUCAGAUAUGUAUUAUGUAGACAUAAAUUCUCAAUUACAGUUUAUAU